AUGUCCUCGAAUUCAUUAGAACAAUUAAAAGCUUCAGGUACCACUAUCGUCACCGAUACUGGUGAAUUCGAACAAAUUGCCAAGUAUAAACCACAAGAUGCCACCACCAAUCCAUCUUUAAUCUUGGCCGCCACCAAAAACCCAGAAUACGCCAGUGUCAUUGAUGUUGCCAUUGAGUACGCAAAGGACAAGGGCUCUUCACCAAAGGAAAAGGCUGAAAUUGCCCUUGAUAGAUUAUUGAUUGAAUUUGGUAAGAACAUCUUGGAUAUUGUUCCAGGUAGAGUUUCAACUGAAGUUGAUGCCAGAUUAUCUUUCGACAAAGAAGCUACCGUCAAGAAGGCUUUGGAAUUGAUUGAUUUGUACAAGCAACAAGGUAUUGAAAAGGACAGAAUCUUGAUCAAAAUCGCCUCGACUUGGGAAGGUAUCCAAGCUGCUAGAGAAUUGGAAUCCAAACAUGGUAUCCACUGUAACUUGACUUUAUUAUUUUCUUUUGCUCAAGCUGUUGCUUGUGCUGAAGCUGGUGUCACUUUGAUCUCCCCAUUCGUUGGUAGAAUUUUGGACUGGUACAAGGCCUCUACUGGGGAAGAAUACACUGCUGAAACUGAUCCAGGUGUCAAAUCUGUUAAAGCUAUCUACAACUACUACAAGAAGUAUGGUUACAAGACCAUUGUUAUGGGUGCUUCAUUCAGAAACACUGGUGAAAUCAAGGCUUUAGCUGGUUGUGAUUUCUUGACCAUUUCUCCAAAAUUGUUGGAACAAUUGUACAACUCCACUGAAGAAGUUCCAAAACAACUAGAUGCUGCUACUGCAAAGGAUGACGAUAUUGAAAAGGUCACUUAUGUCGAUGAUGAGCCAGCCUUCAGAUUUGCCUUGAACGAAGAUGCUAUGGCUACUGAAAAAUUAUCUCAAGGUAUCAGACAAUUUGGUAAAGAUGCUGUUACUUUGUUGACUGAAUUAGAAUCAAGAUUUUGA